CGCCCCGCCCCCCAGUGCCUCACAGGCCCCGCAGCAGUGCGGGCGGUGGCGCCGCCGGCCGGAGAGUGGCUGCGGCCGUUUAUCAUGGAAGAUCGGAUGGAGAGCAGCAGAAAGAUAAGGCAGAACCCAAGCACAUCCUCAAUGGAAGAAAAAAGAAGAGACACAGGAAAAGAUAAAAGAAAAAGGAAACGGAGUAGAAGUAGAUCUUCUUCUGUGACUUCAACAACUUCUUCGUCAUCCUCAUCAUCGAAUUCAUCAUCAAGUUUGUCGUCAUCCUCAUCGUCUUCAAAAAGCCGAAACAGAUCAAGCAGUAGAGAAUCACAGAAAAAAUCAAAAAUUAAAAAAAGGAAGAAAGAAAAACAGCAUAAAAAGAGAGGCAAAAAGGAGAAAAAGAAAAAGCAAAAGAAGAAAAAGAAUGCAUCUUCGGGGCCUGUUCAGAUUUCUAAGUUUCUGAAAGACCGUGACAAAAAUGAUAAAUAUAGCACGAUUACAGGAAAGAAAAUAAAAAUGAAAGUUAAAAAGACCAGAGGUGAUAAACAGCGAGACAGAAAUCGAGCCGAACUCCUUCAAUUCUUGAACUCUGCUAUGUAGAGAAGAUGUGCAUCACUGGGAAUUCUAAACCACGAAGGGAAGGCUCUAAGCAGCAUGGUCUUUGUCGGUGAAGGCUUUUGUGUCUGGUUGCACAGCUCAGGGAAAACCCCUUCAAAAUCGAAUGGAGGAGAUUUUUCUAUUCCAGCCAUGAAGGUUUAAAUCUGACAAUGAUUUUGAAAAACUUAACAUAAAACAACCUAAACAAGACUGGUAUCCUUCCGGAUAUUUCUCAAUCUAUUACCAAAGUAGCCACUUGGAAAAAGAAUUCUCAAGAGCUCGGAUUGUUACGUUGCUUGGAAAAUUGCCUUGUUGGACAGAAUUUCGUAUUUGGGCAAUGUUUACAACAUUUUAUACAUUCCAAGUUUCUGAGAAAAUGCAAGGCACAUUAAUUUUAAUAAAAAAUUCAAUGAUAGAGGCAUAGGAUAUUGUUUCUUAAAUGAUAACUAUCCUAUAAGGCUUAAAUAUUGUAUUGAACUAUCUUGUCGGAUCCUUAAGAAUAGAAUACUUGCACUCGUAAUUUGAGAAUUGUCGGCAUAAAAUAAGAUUAUGGAAGUGAAUAUAUCAUUGUCACCUGGUUGGACAGAAACACACUGCACUUGGCCCCCACAGAGGUAUUUUAAGUUAGAUUCCUGCACUGAAUGUAUUUUGAUUAUUUGAAAACUAUGCGGUGAAAAAACAAAGGAGGAAUUAACUAUCAUGUGGACGAUCGUGCAUAAGAGAAUAAUAGUAUGUAAAUCUGGAUAGAACCCACAAAUUAAUUCCUUAGACUUGUGCAUCUCUCAUGCUUCAUUGUUUUAUGUAUGUACUCAUCAGAAAUGUUCCUGAUUAUGAUUUGAAAUCUGGUUUUACUUUUCCAUUAAUUAUAUAAUGUUCAGGUAGCUCACAUGUCAGUUGCUGUUAUGAGGUUGAUGACAUCAUGUACUGAUGGAAAUCUAUAUGCCUACAUAAAAACAAAAGUUGAAAACUU